UGGAGGUGGAUGACACCACUGUUGCAGAUACACGGCUCCCCGCCUCCACCUUUGUGAGCACGAUGAGGACGAUGGUGAUAUCGCCAACCCAACAAUCCUCCCAUUGCAUUUUUUUGAUCAAUGAGAGAGAGAGAGAGAGAGAAAGGGGGGAGGGAGAGAGAGAGAGGGAGAGCGAGAGAGAGAGACAGAAGGGGGUUUGGGUAUUUUCAGCCUCACUCUGGCAGCUGUGCAGCUACCCCACGUACAUGCUCAUAUCCGGAGAGAGACAGACAGAGUAAGAGAGAGAGAAAGAGAGAGAGAGAAGACUGACUUCCUUCUUUUUUGCUCUGCAGACGCGUGCGUGACCUAUCUGCUCCCGGAUUUCCCUGCAACUUUUUAUUUUUCUUGCGAUUUUUAUACUGUUUUCAUCGUCGCAUUCCUCCUUCCUUUGGAAUGAACUGUUUUCCUGCCUGCAUCGUUUCCAUGCCAGCAUGGGAACUGCUGUGUCCAAGAGGAAGAAUUUAAGAAACGAUGCGAUUUCUUCUGUGGCAGCAAAAGUUAGAGCAGCGCGAGCAUUUGGAGAGUACCUGUCCCACACACACCCUGAAAACCGAAACGGAUCAGCUCAUCUUCUGUGUGAAACCUUGGUGGGUCCUGACCCGGAGUCGCCAAGUGACACAUUUGGCCCCAACAACAACAACCACCUCCAUCCCUGCUCCGAAACUAAGGGCUGUGAGGACAAACAGGAGACCAGCCUAGUAACACAGCCACUGGGCUUACUCCAGCCAACCCCAUCUUCUAUCACACUUUCUAACAAGGCGCCAGCACGAUUGUCCCUCGAACGCAGCUUCUCAGUGGAGGAAGACCAGCAGAAGUGUGUGGAGUGUACACUGCAGCCUUCACGUGUGUACACCAUCACCACCCAGCACGGUAUGCUGAUGAGCGCCGGCCGGGGCAGCAAGGAGAGCCUUGAACUGGACGUCCUAAAGGAGAAGUCGGGGAGCAGUGGGGUAGGAUCUAGGGGUGGCUCGAUCCAGCCUUCCAAUUCCCCUUCCUCCGCCUCAUCGUCUCCAACCCAGUACCAUCGCACAAGCAGUGGCCGUGGCGCCAGCAGCUGUGGCAGCCACCAUCACAGCAACCAUCACCAUAGUAUGCACCAUCAUGGAAACCACCACCACCACAAUGUCUCGGGCAUGAAUCCACCUUCCAGCAGCGGAGGAAGUAGCGCGGCAAGUGGAAGCAGCAGUAGCAACCAGCAGCCGCAGCUAACCGCUGCAGGCUCUCACUCUCAUCAUGCAUCACACCACCACACCCACCAUCAUCAUCACCUGUCUCAGCCUCCACUGCAGACCUCGGUCAGCGCCCACAACAUUCGUAGCUGGGGCGAAGGUGGAAAAGGGGAGGCGGAGUGUAGCGGGUUGGCUUGUGAGUCGUGCAGUACUGCUCCCUCUCGAAGCCAGGGUUCCCUGGACCUGGAGAGUGCAUCGAGAGAGGCAGGCAAGCAGCACCGACGCCUAGAGCGGAUGUGGAGUGUGGACCGGAUGACUGGGCUGGAGAGAGAGGACACCAACUGGUUCCCCAAGGAAAAUAUGUUCACCUUUCAAACUGCUACAACAACCAUGCAGGCGUGAGUGGCUUUCCGGGGAUUUGUGCAGAGAAAAAGGAGAGAGAGGGAGCAGGAGUCAGCAGAAGUCAUCCAGAGGAACUUCCGGAAGCAUCUUCGGAUGGUGGGCAGCAGAAGGAUUAAAGCACAGACAUUCGCUGAACGUAGAUCGAAGAGUUUCAGCCGUUCCUGGAGUGAUCCCACCCCUGUCAAGAAUGACUCUCCUCAUGAACCCAGAGAGAGUGGAGACCUGCAGACCUCUUGUGGCACUCUGGAUGAAGGAGGUCUCGACGACAAUAUAGACUGGGAGGAGGAAAGGGAGAUGGAGAGGCUGGCAUGUGAGGGAGAUGACUUUGUACCUCCCAAAAUCAUGCUGAUCUCUUCUAAGGUCCCCAAGGCCGAGUACAUUCCCACCAUAAUCCGUAGGGAUGACCCCUCCAUCAUUCCCAUCCUCUAUGACCAUGAACAUGCAACUUUUGAUGAUAUUUUGGAGGAAAUAGACAAGAAGCUCACAGCUUACAGGAGAGGAAGCAAGUUCUGGAGGAUGCUCAUCUUUUGUCAAGGAGGCCCUGGUCAUCUGUAUUUACUGAAGAAUAAAGUGGCAACGUUUGCUAAGGUGGAAAAAGAGGAGGACAUGAGCCAAUUCUGGAGGAGACUCAGUCGCUUCAUGAGUAAAGUCAAUCCAGAACCAAACCUGAUCCACAUAAUGGGAUGCUAUGUUCUGGGUAACCCCAAUGGCGAGAAGCUGUUCCAGAAGCUGAAGAAUCUGAUGAGGCCUUAUUCUGUUGAGUUCGAGUCACCGCUGGAGCUGUCUGCACAGGGCAAAGAGAUGAUCGAGACGUACUUUGACUUCCGCCUCUACCGCCUUUGGAAGACGAGGCAACACUCCAAGCUGUUGGACUAUGAGGAUUUUUUGUGACAAAGACAUCUGGAUCAAUGGUGCAGCGGAGCCCUCCAGUGCCACGAGGAACCUGUUAAAACUGAUCCAGCAUUUGAACAUUGCUCAGCUGUAGUGCUCGGCCCGUCGACUCGGCACAAACAGUCAUACCCGCUUUCACCCUUGAGAGGCUGGGCGAAGAGGGAAGGCAAUAGUAGACCAAGGGGCUGAAGAUGAAUUAAAUUAUGCUGUGCCUCUGCUCUUCCUCGUUUUCAAAAAGAAAGGUCACCGACUAACAGGGAAAAAAAGGCCAAAUCAACAUAAAAGGGGGGGAAAAGCGAGAGAGAGCUGGAUUUGUUUGCGUCAUGGCAAACAAAUCUGUCUGCCUCUUGAGUUUGAAAGCAAAAUCCAUAUGUCAAAUGUGUACAAAAGAAAUACCAUUAGAGUCACACUCCUCUGUUGCAAGGACUUCAUUUUUGAAGCUGAUGAUGCGCUUCAGACAACUUCCUGAAAUUCAUUCUGUCAUACUGUGGUUCUGUGUUUUGACUGGACCUCCCAAAUAAUCUCAGACCCCAGAGUAAAAUACUAAAUAAACCAUACGUUGAUGUGUGUAUAUAUCACAUUAAUAUAUUAACAUAGCUUCAGUCAUGCAAAUUACUCUAUUACGAGAGAAAUGAUGCAUCAUUUAUUUUUGAUGUGCAUUGUUGUGCAAUUUCAUAUGGAAAUACUUUGGAAUAACUCAGGUUUUAGCCAUGAAGUAAUUAACCUGUUUGUCUAUCAAGAUAUUGUAAUCUUCAUCGCCAUUGCUUGGAAUGAAUGUAUUAUCUCUCCAGAGAUGCGUCUUUGGUUUGAGGAACUAUUCUCAUUGGGGGGAAAGUACAAUGUUCGAACAUCGUGUGGGUGUUUUCCUUGUAAAACAAAAAAAACAAAACAAAACAAAAAAAACAUGCAGAUGUGUGUAUUUUCUCCUACUGUUCAUCCGGUAAAGGAAAAAAUAUCAUUCCCUCAAUUAUCUUUCUGUCACAUACAUCCAAACACAAAGACAGUCUAGUAUCCUUCAUGAUGUCAAGAGGGAUGUAAGAGCCAUGCAAGUGCUCCUACCGCUGUAGUGUAGGAGUUUUCCUAUUGAUCCUUCCUGCUCAUUUGCAGAAGGUUCGGGCCACUUAGCGGGCCCUUGUCAACAGUGCUGGCUGCACUCGCUAUCUGCCAAACACACUUGGCUUCUCUUAAUGGCAGCCAACCAGGCUUCCGCUGCCUUUCGCUUCACUGGGCUGUGAUCCAGUCCGAGGACCGGAGCAUUCCCGAAUUUGCCAGGAGUUUAAAUUGUUAACAUCUAUUUGCUUCUCCUUCCAGGUGCCAGUGAGUUUCUAAGGCUGGCCCGAGUGACCUGAGCAGUCUCAAACAGAUUAACGAGGGUCAAAACACUCACACAAAAAUACAGUACACACACACACACACACACACAAAUGCUAGGGCUGGGACAGUAGUUUAAGAAACCAUUAAAUCAGGACUAAGUUAAAAAGCCAUUCCACAGAUACAGUACCGCAUCUGAAGGUCAGCUCGCGCGUAAUGAGGAGGAGUGCUCCUGUGAAAAUAUUUUAUAAUGUCUUCUGUGGCUCAGGGGGAACAUUUUUAGAAAGAAGCUUAUAUGAGAGAGCUUGCAUUACAAACUGGUGCUGCUUUGUUUGAGGGCUGUGGGAGUUUGUAUAGAGAGCAAAUCUGCAUUAGGGGAAGUGUAGGAUUCAGGUUGUUUGGGCAUGAAUGAAGAUCAAACACAUGUUUGAAGUAAUCAGUUCAGAAGUCGUGGUCAUUCCAAAGGUUCACAGACUUUAAAAAUGUAUUAAAAACAGCUGAUUUAAUCUCAGUCUGUUAAGUGCCCAAGACCCUAAAAUCUACGUUUCCCAUAGCAGCUUUACAUAAUAAAAAGCAGCAACUCUUGCAAAGCACAAAAAUCUCAAUUCUCAAUUUUUAUUUUUAUUUUUUGCCAUUUAAAGCAGGUAGAUUUUGCAAAAGGCUCAGAAUAUUGAGAUUUUGUGCUUCCUGAGUGCUGCAUCAGAGGAAGCGAUUAUUGCGAAUGUGUUCACGAUCUUGAAGGUGCUACACGAUGUGCCGUCAAGUCACAGGUUGCCGUUCAGCUCCAGAACGGCGAGAAUUCUAAGUGAUUGAAACAGUGGAACUUCAAGACUGGUUGCUGAGUGUAGGUGCAGAAAAAUUGCAGUCAGCACGGUGAAACCUUUCAGCUUAGAGUGGUCAAGUGGUCCUAGCCCUGCGUAACACAGACACAUACAAAUAAACACACGCCAGGCAAAGCUUUUCUACAUCAGUGUGUGGUAAAUACUUUUCCAUUUGUCAUUUAUUUGUGUGGAUGUGUUAAUAUUUGAGCAUUGUGAGCAGAACUAUUUUUUUGUGUGUGUUAAACUCAACCAAUCUCACUGGAGUGCUUUUUACAGGCUUAACAUUGGUUUUUAUUUGCAUUUGCCCUCUCUGACUUCGAAAUGCUGGCCUACAGUUUGUCUGGCACAGACAAGUGCUCUCUCAGCCUGAGUCACGCAGUACAUGUUUUCACUACAGAUUUAAAAUUCCACACUUAUGCAACCUGUCAUUUUCCUGAGCCAUGUUUAAUUCCAGCAAAAGCAUUACGCUGCCAAAUUCUUGGAGAAGUUGUCCUAAACAGCUCUAGGGUUUAAUGGAAUAUUAUUUGAUGGGUGAAUUCAAAAACACCAAAGCAAAAAAGAAAAAUAUCACUAUAAUUUAAAAUAUUCUGAAUUCACUGAACUCUGACUCAGGAGUUUGAGAGCACUUUCCUCUGCUUUCAAACAAACAAAUAAAUGAACAAAAACUAACAUUUCACCAGAAAUCUAAUUAA